UCUGCUUUGUUUCGCCUGUUGUAAUACUUAAUUCCAUGGCUCGGUGGAUCGCCAAUGUAGACAACGGCCUGAAGAGAGUGAACCAAGCUGUAGUUCAUAUCAAAGGCACGCCCCUAGUCCUCUCAUUUGGUGGCUACUGCAAUGGAUUUGAUCAACUACAGUACAUGGAUUCCCACGCCUUCAAUCUUAAAACCUACCUUUGGACAGAACUAACUCCUGCUCGAGACAGCACAGAAAGCAACGACAAAAGCGACGAUGAGAUUUCUACCUAUCUCCCAGACAAGAGAUUUGGUCAUACAGCUACUGCUUGUGGUCAUCAAGUGUAUAUCAUCGGUGGUCAGAAGUCUCAUCAUCCAUUGGUCAACGUGGAAAUGUUUGACGUGAUCACUAAGAAGUGGAAACGUCUGGAGCCUCGAGGAACUCCAGAACCUCGUGCUGGCCACACUGCCUGCUUGCAUGGUGGAAAGAUAUACGUCUUCGGCGGGUGUAAGGGAUUGCUAUUCUUAAAUUCAAUGGAUGUGUUUGACCCUCUGGAUGGAUGUUGGACUCAACUCGAUACUGCGGAUCCUCCCUUGUAUCGUGAUUUUCACACAGCAACUACUGUUGAUCAUGUCAUGUAUAUAUUUGGUGGUCGCUCUGAUGUCUGUGCACCACUUUACACCAAUACGCCCUAUUAUCCUAGUGAUCUUUUCAAGUUUGACUUUACUACAAACAGCUGGUAUCUUGUUGCCUUUCUGGGUGGUAAUCCACCGGUUGGUCGUCGCAGUCACUCUGCAGUGGCACGACAAAAGAGAAUCUAUAUUUUUGGUGGAUAUAAUGGAAUCUACGACGAGUAUUUCAAUGACUUCCACAUGUUCGACACAGAGAACCUGAUGUGGUUUCAGAUGGUUGGUAUAGGUGGACCCUGUCCUACACCUCGCCGGCGUCACGGUUAUUGUAUGAUCGAUGAGAAUCAAAUGUUUAUCUAUGGUGGCACCAGUUGUGGCUUAGAUGAUGACAAUGAUGAUGAAGAAGAGUUUGACGAUCUCUCUGAUGUGAGCAUCUUGGAUUUCCAACCAAGUCUGCGGACACUCGCUAUGAUAGCAGUGGCAAAAUACAAGCUAUCGCACAGUAUACUGCCUCAAUCGGUACAAACAGAACUACGAUGUUUCACACAGAAAGGAAUUAGUGUUUCUUGAAAAUCAGAACCUGUGCUUUUCAUAUGUCUCUAUGUACUUACUUUGUGAACAUGUCAAACUUUUGUACCAUUGAUAGGUACGAGUACAACAGUAUCUAACAGUCUAUAUCUUUAUACU